UAAUAACUGAGGCGCUCCUUAUGUCUUAAGCGCUGUAUUUAAGUCUCGGGUGUGUAUCUCGGGCGUGUUAGUAGAUGUUAGGGAUUCUAGGCGUUAUAUGAAGUAUUUCACCAUGAAAAAGCUUUUGCAGCUUUUCUCCUUCCAACGAAACCAAAUCUUUUAUAAGCAUGCAAACUAUUCGGUACGUGGACAAGAUUCAAAUUUUAUUCGGCUUCACGGUAUCGAUGUGGUCCGGGAUCCGAGAACAAAUCGAGGAACUGCAUUCACUCUUAAUGAGCGACAAUUACUCGGUAUACAUGGGCUACUCCCACCUUCUGUAUUAACUCUGGACCAACAGGUCUCAAAAAUGAUGGCCAAUCUAAAGAAUAUGAACGAUAAUUUGCAGCGCUACGUUUAUCUUACUUCAUUACAAGACCGAAACGAGGCUUUAUUUUAUAAGCUUGUUAUUGAGCAUGUGGAAUAUUGUAUGCCGUUGAUAUAUACACCAACUGUUGGUUUGGCUUGUCAACGCUAUGGUGUAGUAUUUCGACGACCUCGAGGUCUAUACAUAACAGUACACGAUCGAUAUCAUAUACCCGCGAUUCUAAAUAACUGGCCUGAACCGAUCGUAAAGGCUAUCGUAUUUACUGAUGGUGAGCGUAUUCUUGGUUUGGGUGAUUUGGGAGCAUAUGGUAUGGGAAUACCCAUUGGAAAACUGUCGUUAUACACAGCACUGGCUGGUGUCCAUCCGAAGCAUUGUUUACCAAUCCUUUUAGAUGUCGGAACAGAUAAUCAAGAAUUAUUGAAUGAUCCUGUAUAUACGGGUAUCAGACAUAAGCGUAUACGCGAUGAACGCUAUGAUGAGUUAAUCGAAAAUUUCAUGCAAGCUGUUACGGAACGCUACGGGAACCAUUGUUUAGUUCAAUUUGAAGAUUUUGGAAAUCAUAAUGCAUUUCGUUUACUUGAACGAUAUCAAGAUUCGUACUGCACUUUUAAUGAUGAUAUACAAGGUACGGCAGCUGUAGCGGUAGCCGGCUUACUGGCUGCCGGUCGUAUUACAAAGCGUAAGCUUACAGAUGAUAUAUAUCUUUUCGUCGGCGCUGGUGAAGCAGCAACCGGUAUUGCUCAGUUACUGGCAACAUCAUUACAACUAAACGGAUUGGAUGAGAAAGAGGCCCUGAGUAAAAUGUAUAUGUUCGAUAAAGACGGAUUAUUAACACAUUCACGCCAAGAAGGUUCACUAACAGAUCAUAAUAAAGUUUUUGCGCGUGACGACACAGAAAAUAUAUGUAAACUGGAAGAUGCAGUGAAAUUACUAAAGCCGACAGUUAUUAUUGGUGCAUCCGGGCAAGGUGGAAUUUUUACAGAUGCUAUCCUUCAACAAAUGAUUAAAAAUUCUGAACGGCCAAUUAUAUUUUCACUGAGCAAUCCAACUUCGAAAUCUGAAUGCACCGCUGAAAGAGCAUAUAGAAUUACAGAGGGUCGAUGCGUAUUUGCUGGCGGUUCACCCUUCAAUGAUGUUUUACUUAACGUUUCUGGCAAAGAAGUGCAUUUCCAACCCGGUCAAUGUAAUAAUUCUUACAUUUUUCCCGGUGUGGGAUUGGCUAUUACACUGUGUCAAAUCCGUCCGGUUUUACAAGAACUUUUUGUAAUCGCUGCUGAAUGCUUAGCAGAUCAAGUCGACGAAAAAGAUCUGGAUGUUGGUCGUGUAUUCCCACCGUUAAGAGAUAUACGCAAUGUUUCGUUGGCUAUAGCAGUACAUGUUGCAAAAUAUGCUUACUCGAAAGGUAUUUGCCAUUAUGAACCACAACCUAAGGAUAUUGAAUUGUAUUUGUCUCAAAAGAUGUAUGAUCCUAAUUAUUUACCAGUUAUGCCUGAUGUAUACGAUUGGCCACUUGGUGUCACUGAUGCGGUCUCAUGAGGAUUAGAAUUUUCAAGAACGAAAUAACCUCAUCAUUUCAGUGCAGCGUAUCAGAGGUUCAAAUACUACAUUUCCCACCUUUCUAUCACUACUAAAUUUUCUCCAACUUUUUUUCAUUAUACGGUUCCUUGAUUGUAUAUCUUUUUCUUUUUUAUAGUAGCGUAGCUUUAUUUUAGAGUUAUUUAGCCAACAUACUAUUCAUUAAUUCGAUUUCAUUUUAUGAUGUGUUUCUUUCCUUUUAUCAAAACGAUUUACGAUUUCACUCCUGUAAGAUUACUAAGGAUACUACUGCGAUCUUAUUUGCAACAUUUCGACCAUAGUGUUUUAAUUGUUCUUUUUUGUCUGCUAAUGUUUCCAGUUUAUCUUGUUCAAGUUGUUGUCUCACUUUUAUAAUAACCUCAGUUUCAAUGAUGUCAAAUUCAGCCCUUUUAUCG